AUGGUGUCUCUAUCAAGGGUUGCUUUCGUCACCUUCGGGGUGAUUCAUGGGGCAAAUGCAUGGGGUGCAUUGGGCCAUGCCACAGUGGCUUAUGUUGCACAACAUUACAUGUCUCCUGAAGCCGCAAAAUGGGCAAAAACAGUCCUCAACGAUACCUCUGACUCAUACCUAGCAAACAUUGCUUCUUGGGCGGACAGCUAUCGUAAGACAGAUGAGGGUAAAUGGUCAGCCCCAUUGCACUAUAUUGAUGCCAUGGAUGACCCGCCUACAAGCUGCAACGUGGACUAUGAGCGCGACUGUCCAGCCGAAGGCUGCUCGAUCUCCGCCAUUGCCAAUUACACCCAGCGUGCAGGCAAUCUUAAACUAAGCACCCCCGAAACCGCCGAAGCACUUAGAUUCCUCGUGCACAUCAUUGGUGAUCUCGUCCAGCCCCUGCACGACGAGAACUACGAGGUUGGCGGAAAUGGUAUCGAGGUCACUUUCGACAACUACACUGACAACCUGCAUUCGGACUGGGAUACAUACAUACCCCAAAAGCUGGUUGGCGGUAGCUCGCUCGAAGAUGCGCAGGGAUGGGCUGAAAGCUUGGUCCAUGAGAUUAAGGCUGGUAGCUACAAGAAGGAAGCUAAGAAAUGGACCAAAGGGGAUGAUAUUGGAAAUACUAUCAAGAGUGCCACUCGAUGGGCGGCCGAUGCCAAUGCUUAUAUCUGUACCGUUGUCAUGCCGGAUGGAGCUGCUGCCCUCCAGACUGGCGAUCUCUACCCGACAUACUACAACUCUGUCAUCGGCACGAUCGAGAUCCAGAUUGCUAAGGGCGGUUACCGACUGGCCAACUGGCUUAACACGAUCUACAAGCAGAAAAUUAAGCACUCCAAGGGAGGGAAAUUCGGCAAAGGGCCCCGAGAUGCAGCCCCUGAGCCCGAAUUUGUAUACAAGCCUCGUGAGCCUCGUCAAAUGAGUCGUGCAAACAUGGCUAGAGCUGCUAUGGGUGGAUCAUGCUGCAAAUCGGGACGUGAGCAUAGCCAUUGA